GCCAUAACAGCACAAAACAAAGCAGGUGCUCGUGCCUUGUGGACCGCAAAUGAGGGUUAAGACGGUUGCAUGUUAAUGACGAAGACACAACAAUGACGAUGGGCGACACAGUGGUGAUGGACAUCAUCAGGUUGGCUCAGAAUGGACAGAACCUGUACACACAGGGCAAUGCCACAGACGCUCUGGAGGAAUUCAAGAAAGCAAAUGAGCUUGCCGCACAGACGGACUCCAUCUCAGUCAAGGAGACCUGUCUCUACAAUCUGGCCACAGCCUAUGCUGCAAACAGAAAUGGAAAAAAAGCGCUCGAGUGUUUACGAAAAUUAAGUACGAGUUACCAUGACACAUUGAAUGAAGGUGAACUGACUUUCAUUCGUGGACUGGCGGAGCAACAUUCUGGAAGAAAGCAGCCCCAAACUGUUUUCUUGUACAAGAAGGCUCUGAAUCAGUUAAACUUGUUGCAGAGUAAUCUGAAUGUGUCAUUAAAGAAGUACAUUCUGGAACAGUUGUGUGACCUUGAGCAAGACAACGAAGAAGCCUUGAUUGACUACAAGCAGCAGUUGUCCGGGGUGUACGGGUAUCUGAAGUCUCCACUGAAGCAGAUCCAGAUGCUGUGUGAUGUAGCCAAUCUCUUGUUUGCAGUCAAUAACAAGGAUAAAGCAUAUACUGCAGCUGAUGAUUGUCUGUUGGUGGUUCAACAGUUAGGGAGGACAGUAAAAAUCCAAGGAGAAACUGACCAUGAGAUCAGGAGGACGACAGAGAAGUGUCUGGAAGUUGCUGGCUCAGCAGUGAGUUCACAAUACUUGGUGCCCAUCCUUAACGAGAUAGGCUUGCUGUUCACCCAGCUGCGAGAGAUGGAUAGGGCUCUUGACUGCUUCAACCAGGCUCGGCAGAUGCUGUCAUAUGCAGACAACAAUGUCCGUAGGAAUGAGGCUGUCAUCAUCCAGAACAUCGGUGCUGUGCAUAACUUCAAGUCUGUGGACAACAGACCAGCGGCACAGAUUGCACUAAAGUUCCAUGAAGAAGCAAUUUCCAAAUAUGGCAGGCAGAAGAGUUACAAGGCUCAAGGCCACUGUCAUGUCAACAAGGCAUAUGCUGAAAGCAUUACGAGAGACAUCAGCGGGGCACAAGAGGCAUAUCUACUGGCACUCACCACUGCCAAAAAUGGAGGGGAUAUCCGGACACAGUGGCAGUCUUUGGAAGGUCUAGGAGCUGUGGCCUGCCACUACAGGGAUAACAGAAAGGCCGAGAAAUACUACAAGGAAGCUCUCGAACUGGUUCACAAAGAUGAAUAUGAUGUCUCGCAAGCCAAUGCCUGUGAUCGGAUCUUGGAGAAGCUGCUUGCACUGAGGAGAGGAGGAUUGACAAUGGCUAAGCAUGGAGAUUUUGACCUCACGAGAAGUGGACUAGGCACAAAAACUUCGCAAAGCUUUGUUCGUGGAUCUAGGUCUACAGAGAUGGAGGAAGAAGACAGGAAACUGACAAAAAGGGAAAUAAGAGAGCUAAAAGUACGAAGAUCUGGCUCGCUGAGACAGUUUCCAAAAGUUGCCUAUGGCUUGGCUGCUGGUACACUAGAUCCUACCCUGCAAACCAGCGAUGAUUCUGAUGACUCCACUUCAACAUCAUCGACAUCGACCUCGUCAUCAUCGUCCUCGUCCGCCUCAUGUACAAGACCGUUCCGAAUGUCAAGCAAUCCAUACGCAAAGGUUGAAAGAAAGGUCAUCGUACGAAGAAAUAGCAGUAAACGACCAUCCUCCCUAGGAUCGUCUGGUACAUUACGACGUAGCAGUGAUCGUGGUCUCAACACGACACUGUUGGAGAUGGGAGGGUCGUCGGAAGAGGAACAGGGCAUAGCUGUACGGGAAGCCAUGAGCAGGCUGAUUAGUGAUGAUACACCUGAUGAAACUGAGACACCUAGAACACCCAGGGUGCCCCAAGUAAAUGGACAUCGCCACGCUGACAAAGAAGAGGAAGAAAGAGAUGAAGAAGUAGAUGAUGAGGAAGAUCAGGAGGCAGAGAAGAAAGUGGAAGAAAAGGGACGUCCCUCUUCCAGUAGGCCAGAAAGUGCACUCAAAACAGCUAUGAAGAGAGAGGAAUACGGUUUGUCGCACACCAAGAGUCUGAGGUUUAGGAAACCAACUGUGGACAGUUCAGAUGAUGAUGACAACCAACAAGUGAACCAUAGAGAACAGGUCAAGGUCGAUGUCCACCAUGAAAAGCUGCCACGCAGUGAUGACAGCCAAGAGUCGGAGUUGGAGGAUACAGAAGAUUCAGAUUCAGAUUCUGAGAGAGAAUCAAGCCACGAGGAGACAGACAUACCGAGCGGACCUCCGCCUGUCCCAACUCAAUCGCCACCUGUCUCCCCUAGCAACACGUAUGAGACACCAGUGGCUCAGAACAUGAGAGAGAACUCAUUGUACAAAGAUGACAGACUACGGGAGUCCACGGGACAUUAUGCAGAUAUUGACUUUGGCACUUCUGCGCUGAAUUUCGACAAGCGGGGACAAGCCGAAGUGAAUCUACAGUGUAUGAGACUAUCAGACCUCAAGACUCUGGUGAGACUCAGCAGUUGAACAACACUGCCCAAUCAGGAGAAGAUGCUGGAACAGCUCGAUCAGAGAGAUAUUCCGGAGAUGAGAGUGAAAUGGAAACAGACCGAGGAUUGUCCAGAGCAGAAAGAGAGCAGCAAAUGCUGAAGUACCAUCAUCAGUGCAAGCAGGAUGAAGGGGAGCCUCAAGGGGAGCCUCAAGGGGAGCCCCAGGGGAGCCACAGGGGGAGCCGGAAGGGGCACAGGAACAGGAAGUGACGAAGGAAAAGAAGUCCCGGACAUGUGUCAUCUCCUGAUAAAGAUGUCCGAGUGUUUACAUGAUGCCAAUAGUGCUGUAGAAGCUCACCUGCACAGAGAACAUGGAUAGAGAACCUGUGAUAAUGUUUUAUCAUAAUGUAUAGCACCAAAUUUGUUAUAAAGAAAAUGUGAUAUUAUGAUAUAUAAAGGCUGUUACUAUUUUAAUUUUAUUUGACAAGUUAUUGUAAAGUCCAUUAUAAUUUUUAUUGGUGUUAUGAUAUAUAUAAUAUUUCCUAGUGUAAUGUCUAUAUGUAUAUGUGUAACAUUUUCUGUGAUAGCUCAUUGGUGGCCUUGUGGUGAUCUUGUGGUCCAAACUGCCACUAUUUGCAUUGAAGAGUUGCUUCCCUUAGCUAUAAGGAUCCACUGAUCUGUGCUGAAACGAUGUUAGUUCUCAUAGUUUAAUAUAACUGGGCCAAACAAUGUGGCAAAAACUGAUCAUGAUGACCACAGGAGUAACAUGUGUUAAGCUGUAAUUGUGAUUGUGAUUGUGACUUUGAUUCCAUGUCAGAGCCAACAAAGCCCAAGUAUUGGUAAAAUAGAGAGCGUCAGCUUCAUUCAGUCUUAAUCAUUGUAGCUUUAAUUUUGUUGUUAUUUUUAACUACACUAUAUCUCUUUGUGUAAUUAAGACAAUUAGAAAAUGUUUUUACAUUUUAGACAUUUGUGUUGUAUAGGGGGGUAUUGUCAUAGAGCUGCAUGAUGCUGCAUUUACUGUGGUUCAAACGGUUCACACAGCAUCUCCUAAUGUAUAUUAUUUACUGUUAU